CCAAGGGGGCGGUCCCUCCCAUCCUCCCCGGUUGCACUCCCAGCUCCGGGUUUUCCUCCUGCCCCCUCCCCGCCCCUUUCUUGGCUGGUUGCAGCCAAGGUCACACGUUGCGAGUGGCGAUUCCUCCUCCUCCUUGCCGAGAAAAGAGGCGUGGGAAGGCAAGGGAUGCGAGGAGGGAGGAAGGAACCGUGCCACGCGGGUUGCUGCAAAGUAAGGGAAUGCAUUUAGUUUGCACAAACAUGGCUGCUGCCUUCCGAGCUGCAAACCGUGCCUGGAGCCCAUUUGCAAAAGGCAGGAGCUGCAGUCGGGCGAGAGUUCAGCUCAUUUGGAGAUGUCAGUCGACGGCAGCAACAGCAGUCCGGGCCGAAACAACAAAGCCUCAGGUCCAACCUGAAAAGAGGAAACCCAAAACAGGGAUCUUGAUGUUGAACAUGGGAGGGCCAGAGACUUUAGGAGAUGUCCAUGAUUUCCUGCUAAGACUUUUUCUCGAUAGAGACCUAAUGACGCUUCCCAUCCAGAAUAAGCUGGCGCCUUUUAUUGCAAAGCGGCGGACUCCAAAAAUCCAGGAACAAUAUAGUCAAAUUGGUGGAGGAUCACCAAUUAAGAAGUGGACUGCUACUCAGGGAGAAGGCAUGGUGAAGCUUCUGGACGAAAUGUCUCCUCAUUCUGCCCCUCACAAGUACUACAUUGGUUUUCGCUACGUCCAUCCUUUGACGGAAGAAGCCAUUGAAGAGAUGGAGAAAGAUGGCAUCCAAAGAGCUAUUGCUUUCACGCAGUAUCCACAGUACAGCUGCUCCACCACAGGGAGCAGUUUAAAUGCUAUUUAUCGCUACUAUAAUGCAAAGGGGGAGAAACCAAAGAUGAAGUGGAGCACAAUCGACAGGUGGCCGACACAUCCCCUUCUCAUUCAGUGCUUUGCAGACCACAUAGAGAAGGAGCUAACCUUGUUUCCACCCGACAAGAGGAAAGACGUUGUCAUCCUUUUUUCUGCUCACUCUCUACCGAUGUCUGUAGUGAAUCGCGGCGAUCCAUAUCCACAAGAGGUGGGAGCCACUGUUCAAAGGGUUAUGGAGAAACUCAAGUAUUCUAAUCCUUACAGACUGGUUUGGCAGUCCAAGGUUGGUCCUAUGCCCUGGUUGGGUCCUCAAACAGAUGUGACCAUCAAAGGGCUUUGCCAGAGGGGAAAGAAGAACAUAUUGUUGGUUCCGAUAGCGUUCACUAGCGACCACAUUGAAACCCUCUAUGAGCUGGACAUCGAAUAUGCACAAGUUUUAGCGAAUGAGUGUGGAGUUGAAAACAUCAGAAGAGCAGAAUCCCUUAAUGGAAAUCCAUUGUUUGCCAAGGCCUUGGCGGAGUUGGUCUUCUCACAUCUCCAGUCAAACGAACUAUGUUCCAAACAGCUGACCCUGAGUUGCCCGCUUUGUGUGAAUCCCACCUGCCGAAAGACAAAGUCGUUCUUUACCAGUCAAGAGUUGUAAAGGGCCAUUUGGAGAGGGAUAAUUUGCCAGAGAUUCUGCAAAGUCUCCCUUUCUUUUUUCUUUUGCUCUUCACAUAAGACAUGUUGCUUCCUUUGUGGAGUGGGUCCCAAGCCUGGCAAAAGAGGGAUGGGUUUGCCUGGGUAAAAGAGGGGUGGAUAUGAAAUAUUUUUCAUUUCCUUUCUUCUUCCUUCUCCUUAUUGGUGGAUAUUGCAUUGGAAGGGAAGUAACGUUUCAAGGGCUUCUUUCUUUGAGUUGCUGACAAAACUUGUCUUCCUACCAAACCGGUUCUCCCUGGCAUCAAAGAAGCAACAGGUGCUCAAAUAUUAUAAUGCACCUGAUCCAGAUUGUUUACCGUGAACUGCAUGUGAAGAUGUAAGUUCUGGAAAUAUCGCUGAGCCAAAUAACCAACUAGAGGGUUUUGGCUUGCAGGAAUUGAUGCCUCCUUUGGACUGGUUUGAUUUACUUCUAAAAGGACAACUCCAGAGGUUUUGAUCUGAGGAUUGUAAUCCAGAUGUCUUUGCAGAGAGAUCUUAAUAUCGAAACUGUGGGGAGGGGGAUGCUUUUUUGGACAUCAGCGCUCACAUUUGGGGAGCUAUAGGCCAAAAAAAAUGUUCUUUCCCCCAAGCUUUCUUUAAUAUGCACUUGCCAUAAAAAAAUUCAUGUCAGUCGUUCCAAGUGCGAGACUACUAUUCUUGUUGUUUCAUAUUGUUUAAACACCCUGGGCUCUGUAGUUGGUGCACUGACCAGAGUGCUUCUGCUGUUGUUGUUUUGUUUUCAAAUGGGGGUUUAAUGAUCAACCGAUGCCAUUAAAAGAAAGCAAGAAACAUAACCCAUUUUACAUUUAGAUUUCUUUUUGUUGGGUCCUUUUCUUUCCCCAGUGCAGAAUGUAUGUGAGUUUAGCAGAACGUUACCACUUGGGCAAUAGACUCCAAACUACAUUUAUUACUUGGCCUACACUUAAUUUUAUCCUAGAAAUUUCAAUUUUAUGUCUCAAUGUCAGUAAUUAUAUGAGGUCUGGAGUGUUGGUUGUGGUAGGCUGGUGAAUCUACUCUGUUAUUUAAAAAAUAAGUAUUUAAAGUGUUUUUGUGGAACUCUAAGGUUCCCCAGAACACAGUUUGGGAACCAUUGCUCUAUUGCUGUGGUAGGCUGGUGAAUCUAAUUUGGCUUGUUUGUAAAUAUCUAUCUUCAAGAUAAAUCCAGCAGCUUGGACUAAAGCCCAGAAGAGACUCGUCCCACUAACAUGGAAGUUCAUCUGCGAUUGAGAACCUUGUUAGUGUGCAUCUUGAUGGGUCAGCUUCUAUGAUGAGAAACUCCAACCAAUAAAGCAUCAUGGUCAUUGUAGUCCAAAGCAUCCGAAGGAUCAGUGUUUCCAUCCAUAUUGUAUCUGAUGCUGAGACUAGUUUCAGUUGACAUUCUAAUGAGAGUCUUCUGAGAGUGAAGUUCUAUUGGUGAUCUCUUCAUAGGAAACUUCCAUGUGCAUCUGUUUUAGCCCAUAUGAAUUAACUGGUUGUUGCUAUUGUUGAAAAUGAUGAUAAUAAUAAUAGAACUGCAAAGACUGACACAAGCCAAUAAAGGUGGUCCCAGUAGUGACCAGCACACUGGGUGCAGUGACUAAAGUCCUUGGCCUGCACUUAAAAACAAUCGGCGCUGACAAAAUUACCAUCUGUCAGUUGCAAAAAGCCACCCUAUUCAGAUCUGCACACCUUAUUUGCUGAUACAUCACACAGAUCGAAUAUAAAAGCCAGCAUAGUGAUCUUGUUUGCUGUGUACUAAUCUUGUUGUGUAUCAAAUAAUAAUAAUAAUAAUAAUACUUUUAUUUCUUACCUGCCACUCCCCAUGGCUCAAGGCAGGUCACAGCACAAUCCAAAACACACAUACACACAUACACUUAAAUUCAUCCUAAUGGUUGUUCUCUUUCAUGCACAAGAGUGUAGAUGGAUGUGCAAACCAACAACAUUGAUUGGUAAUCUUCCCAUUGCCCAAUCUGUAUGGAUAUUUGAUGAAUGCAAAUCAGUAAAAGACAUUUAUAUAUUACCUGUUUAAUGUGCAUAAUCUCUGUAAAUGUAUGUUGCCCAGAAAAUAUCCAUUGUCUCCAGGGGGAAAAUGUGCAGAGUUUGUGCCAAGUGUGAUAUGCAAUUAUUCAUUUGUGCACUUUCUCCAGCUUUACUUGAAGAUGAUGCAUAGAGUUUGGAGAUUGUGGCAAAUCCACAUUCUCCAUGGUGUUUACAACCAUUGGUGUUUACACACCACUUCUACUACUUGAACUAGCAUUAACCUGAAAGUAUUUAUGUAUCUCAUAAGUAUGGCUUUUGUCUCUGCAACUGGAGCUGGGAAAUUCAGGCUUCACUUAAGAGAUUGUCAUGACUAUUCCAAUUUUCAAAAAUCAUUUACAGACAGGUGUUAAACUAGUAAUCUUUCCUGUCCAUUGGUUCUUGUGUUUUUUAGAAAAUCCAGUGAGGGAUAUUGUUGGUCAGGAGAGCUUGUUUCAUUGUUUGAUUAAUAGGAAGGAGCUAGCUUGCCAUUCCAAUAUUCAGCUUCAAGAUUUGCUGGUGAAUGUGGAUAUUUUCUGCAAUUCUUUAAGAGCUUUUAUGAUUGAAAGAAUUAAAAAUACAUUUGGCCCUCCAGACCUGCAGUUUUGACUUUUGUGGAUUUGAUCAUGCACCGAUUUAAUGAAUAGGUUCUAUCUUGAAAUCUGUAGCUUUUCCAGUGUGACUCUAUAGCUAUCUCUAGUUCUUCGGAGGUGGCUCUAUAGACCUCUUCCACCAGUGGUGACCUAGAGAUUCCUGGAGAGAACACUUCUCUAGGUAUUUGCAGGUCUCCCAGUGGGAAGAGUCUGCGAUCAUCUUCAGGAGCAGUGUUGACCAUGGAGUCCCACUGGAGUAACUAGAGCAGUGGUUCUCAACCUGUGGGUCCCCAGGUGUUUUGGCCUACAACUCCCAGAAAUCCCAGCCAAUUUACCAGCUGUUAAGAUUUCUGAGAGUUGAAGACCAAAACAUCUGGAGACCCACAGGUUGAAAACCACUGACCUAGAGAUUCAAAGACUCAGCGAAUCUGGAGGGCACUCUGUAUUCAUUUGACAUUCCAGCGUGAACAACCACAUGUACAGUUUGUACAUUGAUUGAAGUUCCUCAAGAAAUUGAACCAUUGAUGUCAACUGCGGCUGGAACUGACAUUUGUCACUUCGAUACAGCAUGGGGCUCCUGCAUAGAUCCUUAACCAUCUUGCUAAGGGCUUCCUUCUCUUUGAACAAGUGAGAUACAAGGUUGUACUUCAGAGCUGCUUUAUAGAUCUGCUUAUCGCUUUCCAGAUGUCAAGCUGUUGUGGUUUUUGUGGGAUUUCUAUGAAUGCAAAUUGAUCUGGAUUUAAUUCAUGUUGUCAAUUAAAACCCCAAAUGAUCUAUUA